GUAAACAUAGCAAAUCGUAUCGUAAAUUUGUUUGGUGAAGUAUUGUUGAAAGAGCAUUUAAAAUCUAUAUAGCUACUCAACGCAAAAAACAACAUUGACGUCAGUCAAUAGAAACACAAUAGCCAUAAGUUUUGGAUCCCUUAUCGCUAUUUGCUAAGUGAUUUUGAUUUUAAUAUGUAAGAGGAAUGAAGUUUUUUUAAUGUGUCAAGUGCCGUUUCCUAUUUAGGCUGUGAUUUUAUUUAAUAAUUAGUUGCGGACCAAUGAAUACGAUUUUAAAAUGGAAGUGGCACAGGAGGGGCAGAAUAAACCGGGAAAGCACCCUUACAAUAAGGCCAACUGGUUAGAAAAGAUCUUUUUUACAUGGACGUUUCCCUUGUUCAUGAAAGGCUACAAAAAUGACUUAACAGAAGAAGAUUUAUACUCCGCCCUACCAUCUCACGAAUCCAAAUAUCUUGGAGAUAAACUGGAUCGAGAAUGGCGCAAGGAACUGAAAAAGAAAAACCAAAAUCCCUCGCUAUGGAUGGCCUUGAUUAGGGUUUUUGGAAAGCAAAUGACCAUUUUGGGAAUCUAUUAUUUUUGCAUUAGGAUUUUAAUAAGGCUAUCUACGCCAUUGUUUAUCGCUGAACUUUUAAAGUAUUUUGAACCAGACUCCACAAUGUCCAAACUGGAGGCUUAUUUAUAUGCGGCAGCCAUAUCAGGCGGAGUGUUCAUCACUUCGGCACUUCAACAUUUUUAUAUGCUGCACAUAAUGCAUAUAGGUAUGAAAGUCCGUGUGGCAACCUCAUCGCUAAUCUACAGAAAAGCUCUAAAACUAAGCAAAAGUGCCUUAGCGGAAACCACCGUGGGCCAAAUGGUGAAUUUAAUAUCAAAUGACGUGAGCCGAUUUGAGAAUUGUGCCUUUAGUAUCCAGUUUCUAUGGCUAGCUCCCUUAGAAACGAUCAUAGUUCUGGUCGUUAUGUAUUUCAAUACUGGAUACACGGGAAUGAUUGGAGUUCUGGUGUUAUUGGCCUUCAUACCAUUCCAAAUGUGGAUGGGUAAAAAAGCAUCCACUUUCAGACUGGCUACGGCAAUCCGGACCGACGAAAGAAUCCGAUUAAUGAACGAAAUUAUAUCGGGUAUUCAAGUGAUAAAAAUGUACACUUGGGAGAAACCUUUUGCUAAACUUGUUGAAUUAAGCAGAAGGCGAGAAAUGCAAGCAGUCAAGAAAAUAUCUGUUAUUAGGGCCUUAAUGACAUCAUUCAAUUUCUUCCUUAGCACUUCGGCGAUUUACAUUUGCAUCUUAGCUUACGUCCUUUUAGGAAAUAUUUUGGAUGCUCAGUACGUCUAUCUUCUCGAAUCAUUCUAUGGACUCCUUAGGGUUUCUGUCACCCAAUUCUUUCCACUAGGAAUAACACAGUUUGCAGAAGUUAACAUCUCUGUGAAGAGAAUCAGUAAAUUCCUCAAGUAUGACGAGGUGGAUUGCGACUCUAGCGAAACCUUUGUGAAUACUUAUAAUUCGAAAGAAAUUAUAGUCAAGCCUGAUGGCCCGGUUGGAAUUAAUAUGAAAAAUGCUUCGCUCAAAUGGCUUCAAGAUAGAACUGAAAAUAAUUUAGAUGAUCUUAAUAUAGAGGUAAGAUCUGGAGAGUUGGCCGUGAUUAUCGGUGCUGUUGGAAGUGGUAAAACCACUCUUCUUCAUGGUAUUCUUCAAGAGCUUAAGCCAGUGCGAGGCUCCAUAAAAGUAACAGGAAGGAUUUCUUAUGCUAGUCAGGAACCUUGGUUAUUCGUUGGCAGUGUAAGACAAAAUAUCCUCUUUGGUCAAAAAUUUAAUGCCAGAAGGUAUCACGAAGUGGUCAGGGUGUGUCAGCUGCAGAGAGACUUCACCUUAUUUCCUUACGGUGAUCGUACAAUCGUAGGCGAAAGAGGAGUAUCCCUAAGUGGUGGCCAACGAGCUAGAAUAAAUCUCGCUAGGGCAGUUUACAAAGAUUCAGAUAUAUAUUUGUUAGAUGAUCCCUUAUCGGCUGUUGACGCCCACGUAGGCAAGCAGAUGUUUGAAGAGUGUAUCACUGAAUAUCUUAAAGAUAAGUGUGUCGUUUUGGUUACCCACCAACUUCAAUAUUUGAAAAACGUUAAGAAAAUCUACUUAUUGGGUGACCGGAGAGUUGAGCAUUCAGGUAGUUACGAAGAAAUUCAAAAUGCUGGCAAAGAAUUUUCGAAACUGCUUAAUGAGUUAAAGGACAUCAUCGAUGAAGAUGAAGAGGAGAGCAAAAAUCAAGAAGAGGAAGGUGAUAAGCAGCCUUUUAGGCAACGAAAAACUUCCACAAAGGAAAUAGUUCCUAAAGAUGACAAGGAACCAACAAUGACCAAAGAAGGUCGCGGAGAAGGUACUGUUUCAUGGAACGUUUACAAGUCGUAUUUCUUAGCAGGAGGACACGCGUGUAAAAUUUGGACACUCUUUUUUGCAUUCAUUUUGGCCCAAGUAGUCGCCAGUUUACUGGACUUUUUUUUGAAAGAAUGGAUAAACGUGAACCAAUUCAAAAAAAUAAUUAAGGAAUCAGUGAGCAUUCCUCCCGUUUAUAAUUUAACCAGCAACGAUAGUUUUCCAAUAUCAGAAAAUGCCUCACUCUCUGCCGUUCCAUCAACGGUUUUACCCACAAUGUCAUUACUGGAAACAUUUUGGAUCAACCAUCUACCUGACAAUUUGGUUCUAUACAUAUACAGCACAGUAGUAGUGCUGCUAAUGAUUUUAACCAUCGGAAGAUCUGUGGCAUUUUACAGGUUCUGUAAUAAAGCCUCCGUUAGGUUGCACAAUAACAUGUUUUAUAAAAUAGUAUACGCUAAAAUGCGAUUUUUUAAUGAUAAUACUACGGGCAGGAUUUUGAAUAGAUUUUCCAAGGAUAUGAAUCUGGUCGAUGAGCUUUUGCCAGUUACUUUACUGGAUACGCUGCAGAUUUUCCUCACUGUGAUAGCAAUAUCUGCGAUAAUAGGAACCGUGAAUCCGUGGAUGUUGUUCCUUACAGGAAUUAUGCUGACUAUUUUUUACUUCCUUAGGGUAAUAUUUUUGGCAACCAGUAGGGAUCUUAAAAGACUUGAAGGAACUACAAGAAGUCCGGUAUAUUCCCACUUGACGGCGUCCCUUCAGGGACUGACCACCAUAAGAGCGUUUGGAGCUCAGGCAAUUUUGAAAACCGAAUUUGAUAACUACCAAGACAUUUUUAGUUCCUCCUGUUUCAUGUUCAUGGCGGCCAAUAGAAGUUUCGGAUUCUGGCUAGAUAUGCACUGUGUCGUCUUUAUUACCUUCGUUACUUUUAGCUUCUUAUUUUUUAGUGCAGAAACAUUCGGAGGAAGCGUUGGUCUAGCAAUAACACAGGCCAUGAAUUUGACAGGAAUGUUCCAAUGGGGUAUGCGUCAAUGGAGCGAACUGGAAAACACCAUGACUUGCGUGGAAAGAAUCCAGGAGUACGCUGAUGUUGUUCCAGAGCAAGAUGAGAACGCCAGUGACCCUCCGAAAAACUGGCCAGAAACUGGAAACAUCAAAUUUGACAAUCUCUCUUUAAAAUAUGUCCCUAACGAACCAUUGAUUUUGAAAAAUCUCACAUUUGAUAUAAACGGUAGGGAGAAAGUCGGUAUUGUUGGACGUACUGGUGCGGGAAAGUCUUCAAUUAUUAUGGCAUUAUUUAGACUGGCUGUGAAUGAAGGAAGAAUUAUCAUUGAUGGAGUGGAUAUUGCAAAACUACCACUGACUAAGCUGAGAGCAAGCAUAUCAAUAAUUCCACAAGAGCCAGUGCUAUUUUCAGGGACAUUAAGGAAGAACUUGGAUCCUUUCGAUGAGUACACUGAUGAAGCUAUUUGGAGCGCCCUAGAAGAAGUAGAACUCAAGCAAGUAGUGUGCAACCUUCCACAAGGCCUUGAAAGCAUAAUGACUGAGGGUGGGACAAACUUUAGUGUAGGUCAACGUCAACUGGUCUGUUUGGCGCGUGCCAUAGUCAGAAAUAAUAAAAUUCUUGUCCUGGAUGAAGCAACUGCAAACGUAGACCCACAAACAGACGCCUUAAUUCAAAACACAAUUAGAACCAAAUUUUCCAAUUGCACAGUGCUUACUAUUGCCCACAGGUUGCAUACCAUCAUGGAUUCUGAUAAGGUGAUAGUGAUGGAUGCUGGAAGGGUAGUAGAGGUUGGACAUCCACAUGACUUGUUGCAAAAGAAGGAGAAUGGGGUGUUUUAUGAGUUGGUUCAACAAACUGGAAAGUUCAUGGCACAGAACUUGUGUAUGAUAGCACAGGAGAAUUAUAGCAAUAUGGAUAAUAAGCUGUCUUAAAGUAAAAAGAUUGCUUUGACUGACAUGUACCUGAUCCCCAGAAUUGAAUUGGGAUAAAUAAUAAAAAACAUAUUUUGAAGUUAUA